UUUGAAUGGAACUGGCCGUCACGAAUUUGUUCGCUCCGCAGUGCUUUUGAUGUUUCUAAACUUUGAUACAUCAUUGCACGAGCAUCCUGGAUACGGGGUAUAGAGGGAACAGCCCACCAGUGGCACAACCCUUGCCGUCCACUGCAUUCCACCACCACACUCCAGCCUUUCAAGUAAGGCCACCUCUGCCACCUCAACUUCAACUGCAUCCUCAGGUUCCUCUGGGUCCUGCACAUUACAGAUUUGCAAGGAUGCCUGUACAACAAAUCAUGAUGCCUGCAUUUGACAGGGACAUGUCUAUGAUGCACAGGAUGUCAUUCAUAGGACAGCCUGACUUUAGAAUUUAUGAAAUGAACAGAAGACUUCAACAGUGGAGUCAAGACGUGGACAAUUUAUGGUGGGACACAUUCGUGACAGAAUUCUUCGAAGACGAUGCCACACUAACACUGGCAUUCUAUUUGGAAGAUGGCCUUAAAAAAUAUACCAUUGGUAGAACUUUGAUACCUCGAUACUUUCGAAGUAUCUUUGAAGGUGGAGUUGUCGAGUUGUUCUUCGUACUGAAGUAUUCCAAAGAGAUAUGUCACAACCAAACUAUCAUUCUCGAUUGUGAACAUGCAUCAAUGAUAACACAACACACAAGACCCAUUUUCACCAAGGUGUUGGCAGAAGGAAGGUUGGUUCUUGAGAUGACUUAUGACGAUUUGAUGCGCAUUCGAAUGUGGCACUUCUCCAUCCACCACCAUUAUGAACUCAUUCCAAGAAGCAUUGUCGCCAUGCAACAACAAGAUCCUGCCAUUGCAGAACACUUGUCCAUGAAUGUCACAAGACAAGGACUGACCAAUUAUACGCUCAAUUUUUUGAGGCUCUGCGUGAUAUUAGAGCCCAUGCAAGAACUAAUGUCCCGACAUAAAGCUUACGGACUAAGUCCAAGGGACUGUUUGAAAACAACUUUGUUCCAAAAAUGGCAAAAGAUGGUGGCUCCACCUGAUGCAAACAAGCAGACAAAUAAAAGAAAGAAAAGAAAGGUGGUGGCAUCGAGUACGUCUAGUGGCGGUACACCAACAUCUAUAUCUGCAACCAACUCAACUGCCUCUACAUCAAACAACAACACACCAAAUAAUAAUCCACACAAUAAGUUGAACAGCAGCGAAGUGAUGGUUGUAGGAGAGCCAACUUUGAUGGGUGGUGAGUUUGGAGAUAAGGAUGAGAGACUGAUUGCCAGAUUGGAAAAUUCACAAUACGAACCCGGCUCUGAAGCACUCCCAUCACUAAUCCAGAAUGCUGACGUCAAUGGUAGUGAUGACGUUAACCCACUCAGAACAUAUUCUACUUCUUUUGAUAAUCUUAACCAUGUUAGUAACGAUAACAAGGACGCGAUAAGUGCUAUCAAAAAUAGCAUGAACUUUUCAGAGAAAAAGAAUCUAAAUGGCGAAAAUAACGGUGGAAACUAUGGCAAUUUCAAAAACAUCGCAGAAGUUGAGACAAACAUAGGAUCAAAUGAAAAUUUUUAUGGCAUGAUAGUCAGCGGCGGUGACGGUGGUAACAAGUGUUGCACCAAGAUUGGGAAAGAACACAAAAACAACAAUCUCAAUAUUCACAACACAAACAAUCUGACCAGUGGGUUGAGGGGGCUUCAGCAGAUGACGUCAUCCAUGUCAUCUUCGCUGUCAUCAUCCUCUCCAUCUACCGAAAACCAUUCGAAAAUAUUGUUUCAAAACAGAACGCACUCACAGUCGCCUGCAAGAUUGUUGACGUCGUUAUCGUCAUCCUCAAUGAAUAGUCAAAACACGUCAUCUCAUAAUAGCAAUAAUAAGCCACCUACAGGAAACAAACAUGAAAUUACAAACGCCACCAACGAUGAUCAUUAUGAAUGA